CCUGAAUCACAGAGAGCAACAUGCCACAGUCAUCAAUUUCUCGUGCAUCUCUUACGUGUCGAAAAUGCCGCAAGGGGAAAAGACAAUGUGAUCGAAGAUUUCCUAUUGGCUACCUAUCGCAUCCGCUGACUUCAUUUGACGUCUUCGAAAGGCAACGUUGUCUCUCAUAGGAUCUUGAUUUUCUUACCUACCUCAACAAAAGAGGUGUGAAGCCUGCUGAAGGAAGGAGCUUAGGUAUAUCAAUGUUCUUGAGACCUCGACUCGAUAGAGUGUCUCCCCAAGUGAAGAGUAUACACUCCCAUUUCUCUGCGUUCCGCAUACGUCAUUUUCAACCUCCGCCAACACUUGGUCGGCGAACUAUGGCCACUGCAGCCCACGUCGAGCUAAAUCCUGCUCAAGCAGGCGUCUACCACGUCCCAGAUAUCUCACACGAGUCUGGCAAGAUUGGGAGUCAGCUACUGCAGGAAAAUCAUGACAGGUAUCAUAUGUUUUUCAACAGGAGUGGCUUUCAUAAUCACAUUGCUCACCACCUCUUGACAUUAUAUGCUCUCGGCGCUACACCGGACGAGAUGCAACAUGCCUUUGACAUCAACAAAGGCUACCAGAGACAGCAAUAUCCUGUCGAGAAGCACAACGUCCAAGACAUGUCUGACCCGGACAAAUUUAAGAACUUCCUCGGCAAAGAGCAGUACUUUCAUGAUUUCGAAAUCUUCUUCCGCAAGGAAAUCGAGGACAAAGGUUGGGAGGCGGUUAUCAAUGAACACGUCUUUGCCCGGACGGAGCAUGCUGAGGAGAUGCUUGUCCGAAUGUUUGCAGGAUUUCUACAUCCAUUGAUCCAUCUUGGCUUUGGUGUGGAGUUCAAGCAGCCGGCUAUCAUCGUCGAGGCUCUUGCGCAAGCCGCAGUACACGAUGGUUGGACAGGGAAGUUCCUGCACGCCGCUGAAGAUGCCGCCAAAGCCAGCACUAAGUCCAAAAGCCUGGUACAGCUGAUCCACGAAAGCCGUGCGAAUAAGAAGCUCCGCGACUCUCCUCAUUCAGAUGACGGGAACAAACUUCGAGAUGGUGUCUUCGUCAGAGCGCCUGACGAAAUGAUUGACAUUGCCGCUCAAUGGACCGUGAAACCUGAUCAGCUGAAGCAGAAGACAGCAGAAAUGAUCAAUGCUGCGGUGUAUUUUGCGGCAGCAGCACAGCGGCCGGACAAGCAGGUCAAGUUUGACUUCUUUUACAUGCACUGUGUCAAUUGCUCGAUAUUCUUUUCGGCUUUCGUGGACGAGCCAUGGUUGAGUGUCGAGAACAAAUGCAGGCUUUUGGAGUGGAAGGGUCGACUCGAUCUGGCCAUGUAUGUCUCGCGUGGAAGCCCGGAGCUGUUAAUCGAUGAAAUCAAGACCUACAAGCCUCAGCAACCAGAAGACGGUUGGGGAGAGAUUGCACGCCGAAUUGACGCAUUUCCUGACGACGGUCAUGCGAGUAAGCUAGUGAGAGCUCUUGCAAACGGUCACCAGGCUUGCAAGCCCUAUGAGAAGGAGCCUGAGGAUGUAUUCCCAAUCAAGGGCGAUGAUAUGUGGUUGAAAUUGGCGCACAUGGCAAUUGACUCAGUCGAAGCAGGAGAUCCACAUUGGGUGCGUAAUGCCGGGUUUGCUGAGGCGUGGGAAAAGGUGCCGGAGAGGGCUAAGUUGUGAUACAGCUGUAUCAGCUUAGUGGGCUAAGUGGUAGUCAUGGCUGGUGUUGUUACCGAGUAAUGAAAGUAGUGGAUGUUUUGAGAGGCUUUUUGAGAUGAAUAGGAAUGUUGAUGCC